CAACAGUGUCCGUGAUCAGCGUCAACCAGUCAAGUCGAACGUGCACGUACAAUAUUCAUUCGCCUGUGAAAAUGGCUCGCGUUGAAAUUUUGCCCGCUUCUUGACGAUGUGGAGCUAAGCGGGCUCCGAUUUCCAGUAAUCCGCGAUUGUGCGUCCACCUUACGUUUCGUGCCAUCGAACUAAAUGAGGUUAGGGGGGUUAGGGCACGGCGGCGGCGUCCGCUCAGCCGGGCGGUCGGACCCGGGAUCAGAACCAAAAGCACCGGUCUGCAGGCUGCAGGCGCAUCCACAUCAACGUCGUGAUCAUGCCUUCCGCUUUGGAGUCGUUGAUCCACCCGAAUCGCCGGGCCGCUGGCGACGCUGGCACGGCGUCCGCAUCCAAAGCACCAGCAGCAUCCCCCAGGACUCCUGACUUCGCCAGCUUGCUGCCCCGGACGCGCGGUAAGGACGUUACCUUGUGCCUCGCCGAGAAGUGGGAGGACAACAAGAGGCGCAUUUCCCUAUGCGUCGGUUGCGGGGCGGGCAUCCACGACCAGUACAUCCUGAGAGUAGCGCCCGACCUGGAGUGGCACGCGGCGUGCUUGCGCUGCUCCGAGUGCCAGGCUUUCCUCGACGAGAGCUGCACGUGCUUCGUGCGGGACGGCAAGACCUAUUGCAAGAGAGAUUAUGUGAGACUGUUUGGCACCAAGUGCGACAAGUGCGGCCUUUCCUUCAGCAAGAACGAUUUUGUGAUGCGUGCCAAAACGAAAAUCUACCACAUCGAGUGUUUCCGGUGCACGGCCUGCGAGAGGCAACUCAUCCCCGGGGACGAGUUUGCGCUGCGGGACGACGGGCUGUUCUGCAAGGAAGACCACGAGCACCUCGACACUAAGCCGCACCCCGAGAGCAACAACAACAACACCACGACCAACAACAAUAAUAAUAACAAUAAUAAUAGCGCCGUGCUCAACCAUCAUAGCAACGAGGGAUCUAACUCAGAUUCGUCCGAGUCCGGGUCGCAUAAGACGUCGGUGCGCGAGUCGUCGUCGGGGAGGGGGUCCGGGAAGGCGCCCGGCGACGGCAAGCCGACCCGCGUGCGCACCGUGCUCAACGAGAAGCAGCUGCACACGCUUCGGACCUGCUACGGGGCCAACCCCCGGCCCGACGCGCUCAUGAAGGAGCAGCUGGUCGAGAUGACGCAGCUGUCGCCCAGGGUCAUCCGGGUCUGGUUCCAGAACAAGCGCUGCAAGGACAAGAAGCGCGCCAUCGCGCUCAAACAGCAACAGCAGCAAGAGAAGUGCUGGGUGCUGCAGGACGGCCGCAAGCUGGGCUACGGCUCCAUGCAGGGCAUCCCCAUGGUGGCCAGCUCCCCCGUGCGGCACGAGUCCCCGCUCGGCAUGAACCCCAUCGAGGUGCAGUCGUACCAGCCGCCCUGGAAGGCGCUCUCCGACUUCGCACUGCACACGGACCUGGAGCGGCUGGACCCCACCACGCCGCCCUUCCAGCACCUCGUCAACCAGAUGCACGGGUACGACGUGCACGGCGGGCCGCCUAUCCACGGACCCCCGCUCGGCCACGCCCCCGUGCCCGGCGGAGCGGGUCCCCCUCCAGGCCCUCACCCCCUGGGGGGCCCCGGCCCCCACGGCCCCCUCUCGGCGGACAUGGCGCACCCGGACUCGACCGACUCCUAUGUCACAUACCUCGAGAGCGACGAUUCGCUGGGCCAUCACGAAGCCCCCAGUCCGUAACAAGCUGCCGUGGUCUGGGUCCGAGGCAAGGUGAACUCUUCGAAUAUCAGCAGAGGAAGAGGCGCGAAAGUGUUAAUUUAUUAUCCAAAUGAACAAUGUGUGUAAUUUAAAAUUGGAAUAGAGAUAUUCUGAGUGAUUUGUAAUUUUUAGCAAAAUACUUUCAAUUGAGACAACAUAUAGUGAUUCAGCUCUAAAGAGUAGUUUGUACCUUUUUAAAAAUUGCUGAAAUGUUAUUAAUAUUUGUUUUUAAGAGUUGAUUUCACGUGUCAUCAUCAUAACUUUGACCAAUUAUUGCGGCGAUGACAUUUUGUUUCUCUGAAAGGAAAAUUUCUGUGAUGCCUUGAUUGUAAAAUGUAAAGAUGUUUAUUUGUUAGAAUGUAUAUAUGGGUUCGUCCCAAAUUUGAUUAGUUAGGAGUGCGUAGCCUCUGCAGUGUGGUUGGUGAUGUUUGUAAAGGCUCCUUUGUUUAUUUGUUUGUUUUUUGUUGUUCGAAAUUAUGGUUUAAAUUGUGUUAUGUUGUGAAGGACGCCGGUAUUCGAAGCUAGGACAAAGAACCGCUUUAGAUCCACCUGCUGAAAAGCGAUGCUAGCUGAAACUGCAUCAUGCUCUUGUUACCCUUAUGCCUCUGAGCUUGCUAGUGGUGACAUCAAAAUAGGAUAUCAAUGUUGAUGGGAUCUCUGAUCAGUUCCCACUAAAGCUGAAAUCUCACUCCGAACUGUGAAGAUAUUUCUCUUCUCUGACGGUGAAGGAAACAUAAAUCAGGAUAGGGUAAUGGGAAUGGGUGUGUCUCUUAAUUAUGAAAUUGAUUUUGGACGCGGGAGUUGUUUCAACUCAGAAAGAAUGGGCUUAUAUCGAACUUCAAAAUAUAUACGAAACGUACACCUACACGAUCAGCUACAGACGAUCGCACCGUUAAGAAACCUGAGACUUGUCAACUGCUAUUAAAGGGGAAGCAUAGAAAAUCGUGUAAAUAUGUACAGAUGUACAAGCAGGUGAAUUUAAGUGAUGAGUGAUUUGGUGUUGCUUAUCACUCAUUCAUUAUUAUUAUUUGUUUUGUUGCUCUCUAUUCUAUGCGGACUUUGUAGUGUUGGAGUUGCUGCAAUUUGUUACCACAGUUAUGUCAUUUCUUCUUUUUUACCAUAAUGUCUAAACACAUCACGAGUUAUGGCAUGUCCUUAAAUAAAUGUUGCAGAAAUGAAUAAA